AUGGCCCAGCAAAAACCCCAUAAAUCUCGGCUCGGGAGGCUCAGCUGGCUUAAUCCAUCAAAAUGGUGGGCCAAACUCGAGCUAGACUCUCGGACCGUGCUCAUGAUGCUGAAAGGGGCCUUGGCGCCGACUAUCACCAUUGCCAUAUGCCAGUCUGAUGCCAUCUCCAACAUCACAACGACCAUCGGCUAUUUAUCAGCCUUGAUCUCCGUCUUAUCUCAAGGCUUGAUGCCGCGGGCGAAGUUCAUGAAAAUCAUGUUCUUCGAUCUGGUGUCGGUCUGUGUGUCAGCGUCACUUUUCUGUCUGGCUGUAUUUUGCUCGGUCAAAGCACGAGAGCAUAAUUUACCCGCCGGCGCCAGUGAAAGUGACCGGAAUGGAUUCAGCAGUGACGCCUGUGCCGUCUCCGCCAUAUGGCUGAUUUUCAUGAUCUGGACUGCCAAUUCACUGCGCGCACUCCGACCCAUCGAAUUGCAAGACCCCAUGGUUGCAUUUUCUAUUUUCGCGUCUGUCACCAUUACCCGCGGAGACAUGUUCACCACUCUGACCGAGGGCUUUGAAUUUAUAUCACGACUUUUGAAGGGAUUUAUGAUCGGGUUCGCUAUUGCAGCUGGCGUCUCACUGCUCAUCUUGCCUAUCACCAGCAGGGGCAAUGUCUUCCACGACAUCAAAGGCCAUGUGACCGCAGUAGAAGAAGUGCUGCAGUCACAAAUCUCUUUUUCCACGGACAGCUCUGCCACAGGACUUUUCUCAGAAAAGGGUCUACUUCGAAGAGCACGGACCGUCAUGAGUACGCAGGACGCACCGAACGAGGGUGAAAGUGAUCAGCAGACAAAACAAAGACAGCUGCAGACAUCGAUGACCAAGCUCAAUGGCCUACACAGUAAACUACACGCAGACCUGUUCUACUCCAAGGCCGAGAUCGCCUGGGGCAAGCUGUCAGCCGACGAUCUGAGCGCGAUCACGGCUCGAAUGCGAAGUCUCCUCCUUCCACUCUCUGGAAUGUCGAUGCUGCCGGAGAUCCUGGAGAUGAUAAUCAAGAAUGAAGGACCGCGCGGCGACGACGUGGCCGACGCAGACGACAAAGGGGCCCUGAAACAUUCGGAGAUCGAGAAGCUAGUGGAGAUGCUGCAUGAGAGGCUCGUCCAUUCCUCAAAGCUUGUGACCCUGGGGCUCCACUAUUUUUUAUUGGCAUUGGAGCUUAGCACUCCCAAGCAUUGGGACAGGCACGCAAAGUCUCAGCUUAGCGGCUCGGGUGCCAGGGACGAAGAAGCAAGGGGCGAAACUCUAUGUCCUUUGCAGUCCGAUUUCCCGUCGCGGUUCAAGCGCGAGCUGCAUCGCUAUUACUCGCGACGGAAGCACCUGCCCGAGACGCUGGCGUCACUUGAGGCAUUUUCGGGCACUGAGAACCCGGUCGGCGUGGCCCCUGGACCGGCAUCGCGAAGGAUCGCAGCUGAUCCCGAUGUGCGACAGGAAUUUUUCUUGAUUUUGUAUAUAGGCCAUCUCCAGGAUGAUCUUUUGAACGCGACGCUGCAGUUGGUGCAGUUUGCGGACAGCAAAAUCGCCGAUGGUACCAUGAAACGUAGCAGACUAAUCUUUCCCAAGCAGAGAUCCAUCCGGGCAUGGCUUUUUCUCAGCUCGGACAAAAAAGAAUCUGAAACCCAGUCGGAGCGCAGGCAAUCAUCUAAUGUCGAUCCUUCGACUAUCCAUCGAGAUUCUACGGCGGCAAAGUUUCCAGACCCCGAGCAUCUCCCGCCAGAGAACAUUUGGGAGAAAGGGAGCACGGUAUUGCGGACGAUUUCUCAUGCCAUCAAAUCUGAGCAGAGCAUCUUUGGAUUCCGCGUUGCUGCGGCGUCGUUUUCUGUGGGGAUUCUCGCCUUUCUGCACCAAACACAAGAUUUCUUCAUUCGCCAACGAUGUAUCUGGGCGAUGAUUGUGAUCGUCAUUGGGAUGAAUCCUACCAGUGGACAGACCAUGUUCGGGUUUAUUGCCCGCAUUGCGGCGACGGUGAUAUCGCUUGUGCUUAGCUUGGUUGUGUGGUAUAUCGUUGACGGCAAGACGGCUGGCGUAAUCGUCUUCCUCUACAUUGCCAAUGUAUUCGAGUAUUACUUCUACGUCAUGGUGCCGCAGUACUUUGGCGCAUCAAUCAUAUCCAUCGUUACGCUGAACGUGAUUGUCGGGUAUGAGCUACAAGUCCGCAAGCUAGGAAUCCCACUCGCCGAAUCAAACGGCCAACCAUACUACCCAAUCUACCUCUUCGGGCCCUACAAACUGGCAGCAGUGGCAGCAGGUUGCGCGAUAUCUUUUUUCUGGGUGAUUUUCCCAUAUCCAAUAACAGCGAAAUCACAACUCCGCAAGCUCCUGGGUCGGAGCCUGUUCGUGCUAGCCCGGUUCUACAGCUGCAUGCACGCGACAAUCGAACUGUGGCUGAGCAACGAACUGGGAAGCAUUGAAGAUACGCACUCGCCUGCCGCCGAGCUCCAAGGAUCGAGACACAGGGUCUUCAAAGAGGAAAUGAUGCUGCUGACAGGGCUGCGGAUGCACAGCCAUUUCAGCACCUUCGAGCCCGCAGUCGGGGGCAAGUUUCCUAAGGAAAUCUACGACAACAUCAUCUCGGAGAUCCAGUGCAUUCUCACAAGCAUGUCGCUUAUGGCACACACCACGCAGAGCCUUGAUGCAUUUUCCAUGGAGUCAGACUCAGACGACGCUACUCCUGAUACAGCUGCUCUGCCAGGAAACGAAAAUAGAUGGAAGACCCAACUAUCCGAAAUCGCCCUGGCAUCCACGGACUUCAACUCCCACUGCAUCACCUCCCUGCUAUGCCAUUUAUCCGCCUCCAUCACCAACGCCCAACCUCUACCACCGUACCUCUCCACUCCAGACUCAUUCCCACUCGCUCGGCAGAUGCAAAAGAUCGACGACGAGUUGCUCAGUAUUCGACACGUGGCGGAUCCGGCCUUCUCGGCGUUUGUGUCGUUGGAAGUGCUGCGCUCUGUUGUGAGCUUUAGCUUGCAGGACCUGCUCGAGAAUGUGAAGAAGUUGGUUGGUGAACUCAACUUUGAUUUGCAUUUUAGGGAGUCCCAACGCUAUGCUGAGUCGUCGAGGUUGAUGUCUAGUUUCCGUGAGGGGUAG